AUGUCUGGUCUUGGAUUUCCUUCUGCCUUGAGUGAGAACGUGAUUGUACUCCCACAAACGAACCAGUUGAAGGGCUUGUUUACAAUCAUUCGUGACUGCACGAAACCUCGCUCGGAAUUCAUUUUCUAUGCCAACCGAAUCAUUCGUCUGAUUGUCGAAGAGGGUUUGAACUACCUUCCCGUCUCUCCCAAGACCGUCACUACGGCUCAGAAUGCCAGCUUUGACGGUGUCGAAUUCGAUGGCCGUAUUUGCGGUGUCAGUAUCAUGCGUGCUGGUGAAAGUAUGGAACAAGGUCUUCGUGAAUGCUGCCGUUCAGUUCGCAUUGGCAAGAUCUUGAUCCAACGUAACGAAGAGACUCAACAACCCGUUCUUUUCUACAAGAAGUUGCCCAAAGAUGUCGCUACUCGUUACGUACUGUUGCUGGAUCCCAUGCUGGCUACUGGUGGUUCGGCCAUCAAGGCCAUUGAGGUCUUGCUCGACAAUGGUUGCAAGCAGGAGCAAAUUAUUUUCUUGAACGUGAUUGCUUCUCCUGCAGGUAUCAAGAACAUCACCGCAAAAUUCCCCAAGCUUCGCAUCGUCACUGCUGCCAUUGAUGAUUCUCUCGAUGAAAGAGGUUACAUUAUUCCCGGUUUGGGUGACUUUGGUGACAUUUACUUUGGUACGGAGGAAAAGUAA